AUUCCACCGGCUAACAUCAGCGACGGCGGUUGGCGGUGCUCCAAACACUAUAAGGGUAUUAUUGUCAAGACCCUUCUCCCUAUCUUCUUCCUCCACGACGGCGUCUCUGCCUACUCUGCCCCGACGUUCCUCAAAUUUCUCCAUCAUCCGAACAAAACGAAACAACUCCAGCAAAUCCCUUCCACAAAAACGAGGACCUAGAGAAAAGACUGGCCGAUGCACAGACUGGAAAAAAUUUCCAAACCUUAUUACUGCCCCUCUAACACUUAAUCCAAACAUAGUGUUUGGUUUUUGUGGUGAAUGGAAACCCUGUAAGCUCACUACAGUCCAAUACAUUGGCUAUGGAGAACGAUUUUAUUCGGUCUGCAUCCUUGAGAGCUAGCCGAAGAACUGACCGUAGUAACCACCAAUCAAAAGAUGGGGAGGACCAGUUCCUUCUAAGUGGAAAGGCGUAUCAAGAUUACCAGAUGAAGAUAUUGUGGAAGAAGGGCUUUAUUCGACUGCUACUUGUGGCAGGGAUUAUUUGGAUGUUUCUCAUCUGCAUUGUAUUGCUGUUUCAUCUCUGGACUUGUCAAUCUUCUGCAUCUUUCUUUUUAGCUCUUUGUAACAGAGACAGCAAGUUUUUUGGGAUGUUGAACACAAUGGGACUUGUGACACCCCCGCACCGUUGUCCAAUUCCGGUGGCAGAUGACCCAAAUAAAGUAGUUAUUCCAAAACUGAGAUCUACAGAAAGGUUUGUUCAGAGUCUCUCAUAUGUUGUAGAAAAUGUUACUGUACAUAGUGGAUCCCGCCCACUUCCUCUAUUUGGAGGAAACCAAACUUGGAAGCAAAGAGACCAGAGUUUUAUUGUGAAGCCAAAAAUGAAAGUGCAUUGUGGUUUCAUGCCAAAUGGUGGUGCCGAAAUGGCUAAGAAAGAUGUCGAAUAUGUAAAGCAGUGCCGCUUUGUGGUUGCCUCUGGCAUUUUUGAUGGAUAUGACACACCUCACCAACCAUCCAACAUAAGUGAACGCUCUCAAAAGCUUUUUUGCUUUCUUAUGACAGUGGAUGAAGUGUCUCUUGACUUUAUCAAGAAAAAUGCCACAGUCAGGGAGGAUAAUGGUGGUGGGCUGUGGAUGGGCAUAUGGCGUUUGGUUCUACUAAAAAACCAACCUUAUGAUGAACCUAGGAGAAAUGGCAAAGUUCCUAAGAUAUUAACCCACCGGCUAUUCCCUCAAGCACAAUACAGCAUUUGGAUUGAUGGUAAAAUGGAGCUAAUUAUUGAUCCCUUGCUUUUACUUGAAAGAUACUUAUGGCGUGGCAAGCAUACAUUUGCCAUUGCUCAGCACAAACAUCAUCGUAGUAUAUAUGAGGAAGCCGACUCAAACAAACGGAGAAAGCGUUAUGCUCGACCACUCAUUGAUCUUCACAUCAAAAUAUACCGUUAUGAAGGAAUGGAACCAUGGAGCCCAAAGAAAGGCACAGCCAGUGAUGUUCCCGAAGGGGCAAUAAUUAUACGAGAGCACACUGCAUUGAAUAACUUGUUUAGUUGCUUGUGGUUCAAUGAGGUUAACCUAUUCACGCCAAGAGAUCAGCUAAGCUUCGGUUAUGUUGUGUACAGGCUGGGGGGGAUGUUCAAAGCAUUCAUGUUCCCAAACUGUGAAUACAACUCCAUCUUUAUUUUACACCCUCAUACCCGUGAACAUUCAUCUAAAGUUGAAUGGGUGAAAUCUUUGGAUGAGUUUAAGGCAGGUGAUACUAGUUUGAAAGAGAGUAGGGGAGGGUUUGGCUUGUGGACCCCUUACCCAGGGAAUCUCAAAACAGUUGUAUUGCCACCUGUAAUCCGAAAAUCCAAAGCUGGAUGAUUCGAUAACUAUCUCCUGUCUUGUAAUUUUUUGAAAGUUAGCCUGGUUUCAUAGUUUUUUGCUGAAGGAAAACGGUUGCGAUUUUUCGCUAAAAUGCAUAAUUAUGCUGUUUACACAUUCUUGUAAGAGAAUGUCAUAAUCUUUGUUUUAUUUUUGGGUACUAACAAUUGUAUGCUGUGUAUUACACUAUUACCAUUAUCCACUCAUUUGUAAUUAGGCUAUGUAAUCAACAAUGUAAUCAAUGUAAUGUAAUGAGCAUUGGGAGCUAAUUAGGUCUGGACGUCUAGUGCUGUAGAUAGUAUAGAAGACUUAUUUGUCAUCUUUCCAAAUAUCGAAUAAGUUAAGAGUCUUAAGACAGUAUUCCAUCUUUCUCUGUACAAAUACUUGAAGGAGUUGAAGCUUUGUUCUUAUCAAGUUAUCAUC